AAUACUGCACGAAGCUACGAAAAGAACACAUUGGUGGUUCUGUGAUUUCCGUUUAUGUUAAAUUCUUCCGUUCUGGGUGUGAGUCGUGAGUGUUAGAAAUGGCUGAUACAGCAAAGCCAGCACCAAAGCCAAAGGCUGAAAAGAAGCCUGCUGAAAAGAAAGCAGCCGCUGAGAAAACACCUCAGAAGAAAGAAAAGGUGGAUAAGAAAGAAAAGAAACCAAUUGAAAAGAAAGUUAAACCUAUCAAGAGAAACAUUAGAAAACGUUAUGGCCGCUUGUAUGCAAAAGCUAUUUUCACCGGAUUCAAGAGAGGUUUAAGAAAUCAACAUGAAAACACAGCUUUGUUAAAUGUAGAAGGUUGUACUACUAAAGCUGACAGCUGGUUUUAUGUUGGAAAGAAAUGUGUCUAUGUUUACAAGGCCAAGAAUCGCACACCAGUCCCUGGCAAUUCCAGUAAGAAGACAAACAUUAGAGCCAUAUGGGGCAAGGUGACGAGGCCUCAUGGCUGCUCUGGUGCCGUUAGGGCAAAGUUCAAGCGGAAUCUUCCUGCUGUUGCCAUGGGCAAAAGGAUAAGGAUUAUGCUGUAUCCUUCUCGCAUCUAAAGCUGGUUUUAACUGUUUAUUUUCAAUAAAAGCUUGAAAAAUCUUUUAAA